AUGCGCCCAAAUGCCAUUACAAUUUUUCUAGGACUGGCGAUUUUGGAAGCAGCAGGAUGUCAUCCUAUUUUGAAGCCAACCGCAAAUAAUAGUACAAAUGCGAUCCUUAAUCGCGACGGCACACCUGCGAUUGUAUCUGGCGCUCCCGUCGAUACCAUUUCAGCUGUCGCUGAUCUGCUGGGUGUAGCUGUGGGUAAACUAUCACCCAUCCAGAAACCCACAAUAAUGACCAUGACGACCAUUACCAUGAUUCCCGGAUCAAACAAAAGAGAUACGCCGACUCUCAUAGGAGGAGUUCUUAUAGGAGCACGCAGGGAAGAUUUCCAAUCGCCAAAGGCCGAAGAGAUCAUGAAGAGAGAAUCUGCAGGCCAUAGUCGAGCUGAAAAUUUCAGUCCCUCGCUUACCCUUGAUAAACGAGAUGAUCCAGAUUCAUCGAACUCUGUGCUUGGUCUUUGGGGAUCAUACUAG